UUUAAACGGAAAGUGAUUAAUAUGAGUAUCCUGCCCAUUAAUCGCUUCUUGAAAACGGAUGCUUAUGGAUACCUUGGUUGAUAGACGGCGGACAAGUCCAGUGUGGAUGAAACACCGAGGUCUACUCACGACCAACGCACAUCUGGUCUCUGAAACGCAAGACAGCUAUCAAGGAUAUCCAACUGUAAGAUACACUCGAAAGUCCAGCGACAUCAACACACAGGGCUCAUCCGCAAUGCGUUAUCCUGCAGACGACCUCAUUCUCAAAGCUACACUGAGCUCAGAAACAGGGACAAGUUUCGUUAACCCUGAGUCAUUACGAGUAAGGGAACCACGGCGGUUGUGUAGAAGACGGGACAUGAUCCAGCUUCCUCCCGAAGGCGUUCAACUGGAGGACAAAACACACUAUCGGGUCUGCUACAACGGUCAAGUGAGCGCACCUGCUGUUCCCGCGCGCUUUGCCGAUGAGGGGGGUAACGAGACGCAAAGAGUUCGUCGAAAGACCCCUGAGAAAGAACAGGGACAAGGCAAGAGCAGACUUGAUGUAAAUGAUCUUUGUUAUGCCCAGCGGCACGUUACGACAAAUCGUAGCGAUUUUGUUGAUUUCAAAAUGAGAGACCGUUAUGCAGUUGGGAAAGCAUCAAUUACCGAAGAGAGAGUCCCUGUUCUAAAAAGAAGAGAUGAAGUGCAUACUUGGGUCCCUUUGCCUGUAGCACCCGACGUAAUCGUGCGCACUGGCUACGAGUGGAAGCCGAAGCCAGCUGUGCACAUACCUAAGGAUGCAGCAAGCAUGAAGCCCAUGGAGGACACAACGUGCUAUCGACAACACUUCAAACAGUAUUCUCGAGAAGCGUUUCCUGAACCACUUCCUGCAAAUAUACGGGCCAAACAAUCUGAAAUUGGUGCAAAGAAGCUACUCGGUAGUCGUGCUGUGCAGGCAGAAGCUACACCAAAGACUGUAUAUCAAGACUCCUAUGUCGGACAGCAAGAAGCAGACCGAUGGGCAGAUCGUGGAGUGCGUCAGAAUAUUUCCGCAGUGGUUCAGCACACCGGUUGUCCUUAUAAAGACGACUACCUAUAUUGGAGUGAUAUCCCCACAGAUCCAUUUACUGAAAACCUAACACCAAUUUUCCGUAGUACAGAAACUACCACCUUAAAUUAGGAGGUGAUAGCAGAAAAGCGUUUUUGAGAACUUUAUUUACUUGAAUAACUUUGGUAUACGAGGGUUAUUUUGAAGCAGCUUUUGUGCCAUCACCUUAAUGAAACGUAAUAUAAAUUCACUGGAUGGAUUGAAUUGGAGAAACAAUUUUCCAUUUAACCAAG